AUGAAGACUCCAAUAGUGCUAGCUUUACCAUACCCAGCUCAAGGACACGUCACUCCCUUGAUGAGCUUCUCACAAAAGCUGGUCGAGAAUGGAUGCAAAGUCAUCUUUGUUAACACGGAGAUCAACCAUAACCGUUUUGUGAGUUCAAUGAUGGUUAGGGAAAAAGACAAUAAUACCCUUGAUGAUGAACCAAUAAAACUGGUUUCCGUCCCGGAUGGUUUAAGCCCUGAGGAUGAAAGAACCAAUUUCGCCAAACAAUGUGUUGGUUUGAAAAGCAGCUUGCCUUCAAUUCUUGAGAAAUUGAUAGAAGAUUAUGGAGUUAGUUGCAUGGUUGUUGAUUUAUCAAUGGGAUGGGCAUUGGAAGUUGCGAAUAAGAUGGGAAUCAAAGGCGCUUUUUUCUUUCCAGCGUCAGCAGCUAUGUUUGCUUUGAUGAACAAUAUUCCUAUGCUCAUUCAUCGUGGCAUCAUAGAUUCUUCUGGACUCCCAGUCACUAAAAGGACAUUUCAGUUAUCAGAAAACAUGGCUCUUAUGAGCACAGAAACCCUGUAUUGGUCAAACACUGCUAGUGAUCCAAUAAAUGCAAAGACGCUAUUCGAUUAUAUAACGCAUUGCGGACAAGCUUUAACCAUGUCACACUGGUGGUUGUGCAACACUGCAUAUGAUCUUGAGCCUGCAGUUUUCUCCUUUCUCCCAAAGAUCUUACCAAUUGGCCCAUUGUUAAGAACCUACAACACAAAUUAUAUUACCACAUCUUUCUGGGAAGAAGAUUCCUCUUGCAUGAGUUGGCUUGAUCAACAGCCUCACGCUUCUGUCGUGUAUGCUGCCUUUGGAAGUUUUGCUCUUUUCGACGAAACCCAGUUUCGCGAGCUAGCUUUUGGACUUGAGUUAACAGAAAGACCGUUUCUUUGGGUGGUGCGUCAAGAUUCCGUUAACAACAAAAAUGUUUCUUACAAGCAUGAAUUUGAAGGGAGUAAGGGUAAGAUUGUGGAAUGGGGUCCUCAACAGAAGAUCCUAAGUCACCCUUCUAUAGCUUGCUUUAUAAGUCACUGUGGUUGGAAUCCCACCAUUGAAGGUUUGUCUAAUGGAGUUCCCUUCUUGUGUUGGCCGUACUUUUCGGAUCAAGUUUAUGACAAAAUGUAUAUUUGCGAUGAGUUGAAAGUUGGUUUGGGAUUUGAUUCGGAUGAAAAUGGAUUGAUCUCGCGUGAGGAAAUAAAAGCCAAAGUGGACAAACUACUUGCUGAUGAGAACAUUAGAUUAAGGUCACGUGUGCUAAAGAAGAAGAUAGAAAACAACAUUCAACAAGGAGGUGCUUCUUCCGAGAACUUAAACAAGUUCAUUAAGUGGUUGAAGGAAUAG